AAGGGUCACGCGUUUGCGUCAUUCCUUUCUCCGGAGGUUGACAGAGCGAGUUAAGUGUGGCGCGGAUGGCUAGCAGGGAUUUCUGAAGAAAUAUCUUCCACAUCUCGAAAUCCUCGUUAGAAGCAAGCGACAACUAUGCCGGCAUAUUUUCAGCGUCCGGAGAACGCUCUAAAAAGAGCAAACGAGUUCCUUGAGGUUGGCAAGAAGCAGCCAGCCUUGGACGUCCUUUACGAUGUCAUCAAGAGCAAAAAGCACCGAACAUGGCAGAAGAUCCACGAGCCCAUCAUGCUCAAGUACCUGGAGCUGUGCGUGGACCUGCGCAAGAGCCACCUGGCUAAGGAGGGCCUGUACCAGUACAAGAACAUCUGCCAGCAGGUGAACAUCAAAUCUCUGGAGGAUGUGGUCCGGGCCUACCUGAAGCUGGCCGAGGAGAAGACCGAGACGGCCAAGGAGGAGUCCCAGCAGAUGGUGCUGGACAUCGAGGAUCUGGACAACAUCCAGACCCCCGAGAGUGUGCUGCUGAGUGCUGUGAGUGGGGAGGACACUCAGGACCGUACGGACCGCCUGCUCCUCACCCCCUGGGUCAAGUUCCUGUGGGAGUCCUACCGCCAGUGUCUGGACCUGCUGCGUAACAACUCCAAGGUGGAGCGCCUCUACCAUGACAUCGCCCAGCAAGCCUUUAAGUUCUGCCUGCAGUACACGCGCAAGGCCGAGUUCCGCAAGCUGUGCGACAACCUGCGCAUGCACCUGGGCCAGAUCCAGCGGCACCACAACCAGAGCACCGCCAUCAACCUCAACAACCCGGAGAGCCAGUCCAUGCACCUGGAGACCCGCCUGGUCCAGCUGGACAGCGCCAUCAGCAUGGAGCUCUGGCAGGAAGCUUUCAAGGCAGUCGAGGACAUCCACGGCCUUUUUGCCCUGUCCAAGAAGCCCCCGAAGCCCCAGCUGAUGGCUAACUACUACAACAAGGUGUCGACAGUGUUCUGGAAGUCCGGGAACGCCCUGUUCCACGCCUGCACCCUCCACCGCCUGUACCACCUGUCCCGUGAGAUGAGGAAGAACCUGACCCAGGAGGAGAUGCAGAGGAUGUCCACCCGCGUGCUCCUGGCCACCCUGUCCAUCCCCAUCACCCCCGAGCGCACGGACAUCGCCCGCCUCCUGGACAUGGACGGCAUCAUCGUGGAGAAGCACCGCCGCCUCGCCACCCUGCUGGGCCUGCAGUCCCCGCCCACCAGGCAGAGCCUGAUCAACGACAUGGUGAGGUUCAAUCUGCUGCAGUACAUCGUGCCCGAAGUGAAGGAGCUCUACAACUGGCUGGAGAUGGACUUCCACCCCCUGAAGCUUUGCGGAAGAGUAACAAAGGUGCUGAACUGGGUGAGGGACCAGGCUGAGAAGGAAUCGGACCUCCAGCAGUACGUUCCCCACUUGCAGAACAACACCAUCCUCAGGCUGCUGCAGCAGGUGGCUCAGAUCUACCAGAGUAUCGAGUUCAGCCGGCUGGCCUCCCUGGUCCCGUUCGUGGACGCCUUCCAGCUAGAGCGCUCCAUAGUGGACGCGGCGCGCCACUGCGACCUGCAGGUGCGAAUCGACCACACCUCUCGCACCCUGAGCUUCGGGUCGGACUUGAACUACUCGACCAAGGAGGACUCCCCUGUGGGGCCCUUCCUGCAGAACAUGCCCUCAGCGCAGAUCCGCAACCAGCUGACCGCCAUGUCCUCCUCCCUGGCCAAAGCCAUUCAGGUCAUCAAGCCCGCCACCAUCCUGCAAGAGCGGGACGAGCAGAGCCAGCAGGCCAUCGCGGCCUACCUGAAGAACGCGCGCAAGGAGCACCAGCGCAUCCUGGCCCGCCGGCAGACCAUCGAGGAGCGCAAGGAGCGCCUGGAGAGCCUCAACAUCCAGCGGGAGAAGGAGGAGCUGGAGCAGCGCGAGGCCGAGAUGCAGAAGGUGCGCAAGGCCGAGGAGGAGCGCCUGCGGCAGGAGGCCAAGGAGCGGGAGAAGGAGCGCAUCAUGCAGGAGCACGAGCAGAUCAAGAAGAAGACCGUGCGCGAGAGGCUGGAGCAGAUCAAGAAGACCGAGCUGGGCGCCAAGGCCUUCAAGGACAUCGACAUCGAGGACCUGGAAGAGCUGGAUCCAGACUUCAUCAUGGCCAAGCAGGUGGAGCAGCUGGAGAAGGAGAAGAAGGAGCUGCAGGAGCGCCUGAAGAACCAGGAGAAGAAGAUCGACUACUUCGAAAGGGCCAAGCGUCUGGAGGAGAUUCCGCUGAUCAAACAGGCGUACGAGGAGCAGCGCAUCAAAGACAUGGAAUUAUGGGAACUGCAGGAAGAGGAAAGGAUAAGCAACAUGCAGGUGGAGCGGGAGAAGGCCCUGGAGCACAAGCAGAGGAUGUCGCGCAUGAUGGAGGACAAGGAGAACUUUGUGUCCAAGAUCACCGCAGCCCGCAGCUUCAUCUACGAGGAAAAACUGAAACAAUUCCAAGAGCGCCUGGUCGAGGAGCGCAAGAAGCGCUUGGAGGAGCGCAAGAAACAGCGCAAGGAGGACCGGCGCACCACUUACUACCGCCAGAAAGAGGAGGAGGCGCAGAGGAUCCACGAGGAGCAGCUGAAGAAAGAGCGGGAGGAGCGGGAGCGGCUGGAGCAGGAGCAGAGGGAGGAGGAGGAGAGGGAGUACCAGGAGCGCCUGCGCAAGCUGGAGGAGCAGGAGCGCAAGCAGCGGGCGCGGCAGCAGGAGAUCGAGGAGCGGGAGCGCCGCCGGGAGGAGGAGCAGCGCCGGGUCCCGGAGGAAAAAGCCGGCGGCAAGGUGCGCGCCCCCUGGCCCGAGAAGGAAGAGGGAGGCUGGAGGAAGCGCACCGAAGGCGGGGAGUCUGAGUGGAGGCGCCCAGUGCCGGAGAGGGACUGGCGCCAGGAGGGCCGCGACGAGGAGAAGGCCCCGCGGGACGAAGAGAGGGAGCUGCCCUUCAGGAGGGGAGGGGACGCCCCCCGCCGGGGCGGAGCCGACGACCGCGGCCCCCGCAGAGCUUUCGAUGACGACCGCGGUCCCCGCCGGGCCGGAGACGAGGACCGUCCCCCGAGGAGAGCGGGCGACGAGGACAGGGCCCCGAGGAGAGCAUUCGACGAGGACCGCGGCCCCAGGAGAGCCUUCGACGAUGACAGGGGCCCCCGUAGGGGCUUCGACGAGGACAGGGCCCCGAGGAGAGGAUUCGACGAUGACCGGGGCCCCAGGAGAGCCUUCGACGAUGACCGUGGACCCCGAAGAGGCUUCGAUGAAGACAGAGCACCCCGAAGAGCCUUCGAUGAGGACAGGGGCCCGAGGAGAGCUUUCGAUGACGACCGCGGCCCCAGGAGAGGCGGAGACGACCAAGGUCCUCGUCGUGGAGAAGAUGCCAAACCUUGGAAACCCUUGGGUAGGCCAGGUGGAUGGCGAGAGAGGGAGAAGGCGCGGGAGGAUAGCUGGGGACCCCCCCGUGAGAGCGACGAUCGGGACGAUGGCGACAACAGAGACGGAGAAGAGCGAGAAUCGGGCGAACGGUUCAAAGAACGCCGUCCACCACCACCACGGGAGGAGGGUGGUGGAGCCUGGAGGCGGCCAGCGACCGAAGAGACCAGCAGCUGGAGGGCCUCCGGCCGCGAGGACAACGACCGCGACAGACGCGAUGACCGUGACCGUCGUGUCGGAGACCGCAGGGAGGACCGUGAAUCCAAACCGCCAGCCAGAGAACCAGAAGAAGCAGGUGGGUCCUGGCGCCGCAGCGGGGAGGACAAGAGGGAGGAGCGCAAGGUUGAGGAGCGGGACACCCCGCCCCGGGCCGACCCCCCCCAGGAGGGCGACGACGAGAAGCCCGCCUGGCGCUCGGACAAAGACGCCGAGAACCAGCGCCGCGUCAAGGACGAGACGGACGACGAGGGCUGGACCACCGUCCGCCGCUGACCCCCCAGCGCGGGCCCCCCGCCGGCGCCCCGGGGGCUGAGCACCCCCCGGAGGGGCGCGACCUCGCCGCCGCGUCUCCAAGCCAGCUAACGCAGUUUAAAAGCUGUUCCCCCAAUGCCAAAACGUACCUUUUUUCAAUCCAGCCCCCACUUUGGCAUGAAUUCCAUCUCAGCUUCUUAAUCCUCUGAUGAAAGUAGUUGAUUCUCUAAUUUUUUCUGCAUGCGUAGAGUAUGUAAUUCAUCUCUCGCGGUAUUUACUGUGUGGACCUUUUGGGUAUUUUUUGUUGUUGCCACCAGCUAUAUCGACAUUUAAGUAAAAUUUUGAGCAGUGAAAAUUAAUUCCUACUUUCCUGUGUACCAGUUUGCUGUCGCUCCCAUUACCUGUCUGUGCAGCAGCAGUUCCAACUAGUUGUAGAUUCUCACAUGGUUGCAUGCUUUUAGAUAAAGCCACUCUUAUUAAUAAAAGUCAUUUGCUCAA